AUGGGCUCCAUGGGCUCCCAUACCACAGUUGGUGUCCUUGGUGCCACUGGGGCCGUUGGUCAUUCCGUGGUUCAAGGGCUCCUUUCUUCAGAGUUCAAUUUUAGGAUUGUAUCUUUAACCCGUCAAUCAUCGGUGGGCAGCGCCAUCAAUGAAAACUUACGAAAGGAGGGGCUUGAUAUCGUCGGCUAUGAUUUGGCUCAACCGCAGGACAUUCUCGUGAAUAAGUUGCAAGGAAUUGACGUCCUCAUUUCUUGUAUGAAUUGGGAGAAUUUACACCUCCAAAAACACUGGGUUGAACCCGCAAAGUUAGCGGGUGUCAAGCGGUUUAUACCUUCGGAAUGGGUGGCGCCUACACCACCAGGUGUUAGUAAUGUUCAAGACGCGAAACUGGAUGUUAUGGCUACUAUUCAACGAGCUCAUCUGCCAUACACUGUCAUUGACGUGGGUUGUUGGUAUGAAGUCUUUGUUCCUAAGAUCCCGUCUGGCAGGUCAGAUCACGCUCAUUGGGACCUUAUCGACCACCGGAUUGUCGAUGAUGGAAACCAAAACUUUGCUCUGAUUGACCAGCUUGAUAUUGGUAGAUAUGUGGCUUGUAUUAUCACCGACCCUCGAACCAUCAACAAACGCGUCUUUGCGUAUACCGAGGUUCUGAGUAUGAAUGAAAUAUGGAACACCAUGGCUAUUGCAAGCGGAGAAGAGCCCAUCAAAGAUCAUGUCUCGGUCCAGGAACUUGAAGCACUUAUUGAGAAUCAUCCCAAAAGCCUUCAAAACAAUCCGCCGCUCCAGGAUAUUGUGAACUUCAACAUGGCACAGUUUCGAAUAUCCUGGUGCAUUCGAGGAUAUAAUACGCCGGAAUAUGCACAUUAUCUUGGGUACCUGGAUUUCAGUCAGCUUUUUCCUGACUUUCCAAAGGGAAAAAGCCUUGAGCGUUAUUAUCGCGAAAUUGUCAAUAGAUCGGUGGAAAAUGGUGAGUAA